AUGUCAUCCCCCGUCGAGGAACGAAAAGCGUAUAUCGAACCAAAGGACAAGCGCAAGGAAUCGGACAUCUCUCCCACCUCCGAUGAUGGAACCUAUGUGACCGAGCCCGACACCGAUCGCGACGCGGGUCGCUUAAGGGUGGACACUACACGUCAUGCUUAUGAUGAUGAUGAUGAUGAGCAUCCGCCCAUGCGCACGCCGUCCGCCCGCCGGGAGCAGGCUACUCGUCUGGACGAUGACUUGAUGCUCCUGCAAGCCGAGCGUAUGACCUCGCAUUCGACCGGCGCACCAGAUGACGAGCAUGACCGCAAUUCUAUCAAUCGCGCCCGUUCGCGUCGCUCGGAGGCCGUGGAUGAGUUCGAUGAAGCUACAAACCCUCUGCACGAAAAGACCGCAAUUUACAAACCCCCGGAGAAACCAAACACCCAGAUUGCCGUCUUUGUGAAGAAGCUGCACCAGUCGAGUUUCCUCGUGCGCUACUUGACCUACAUUGCGCCCAUUGUCCUCAUUCUCUUGAUCCCGUUGCUGGUCGGCGCUCUCAAGUUUCCCAAUUCCAGUGUUGGUGGUGUAGAAUUGAUGUGGUUUGCAAUUUGGCUGGAAAUUGUCUGGUUGACUCUCUGGGCAGGAAGGCUUGUUGGCAAGUGCUUGCCUCCGAUUGUUGGUCUUUUUGCGAGUAUAUUCACCAAUAACGCGAAGAAGUGGCGCGACAUGGCCAAACAGCUCGAGCUUCACGCGGCGCUCUUUUUCUGGUGGCUCGGCGUGGAGAUCUCCUUCCUACCAACAAUGAAAAACCAUCAUGUGGAUGGUAAUAAAGGGACCAGGAGUUGGGAAGACACGCUCAACAAAAUCAUCAUUGUCAUCUUCGUGUGGACUAUCCUGAAUUUCAUCGAAAAGAUCCUCAUCCAGCUGAUUGCAAUCAGCUUCCAUAUGCGGACCUACGCGGAUCGCAUUGAAAUCAACAAAUUCCAGAUCGGCAGUUUGACCAAGUUGUACGAAUGGUCUCGGUCCACUCUGACUGAGAAAGAUGAUGCAUUUGAGGAGAAGAACGAGGAACCGACUCCUUCGGGAGUCAAGACUCCGUUGCACUACGCUGGCCUGGCCCAGCGGAAGGCGAAGGGGGCCCUGAACAAAGUUGGAAACCGCGUUGGCGAUGUCGCAGGCGCAGUAGUGGCUGAUGUCACUGGCCGCACGGCGACUCGCAGCACCGAUGCCUAUCAGGUCAUUUUGGCGCUCUUGCGAACUACCGGAGGCUGUCAGGUCUUGGCGCGUCGACUGUAUCGCACCUUUGUGAGGGAUGGCUUUGAUACGGUUUUUGGUGGUGACCUGAAGGCCGCAUUUGAGGACGGCGAGGAAGCCGAAGCUGCCUUCGCCAUGUUUGAUCGCGACAUGAAUGGUGAUAUUUCCAUGGAAGAGCUGGAGGCCGUUUGCGUUGACAUUGGCCGUGAGCGCAAGUCCAUCACCGCAUCCCUCAAGGAUUUGGAUUCGGUCGUAUCGAAAUUGGAUAAUGUGUUCAUGUUUUUCGUGUUUGUGAUCGUGCUGAUUGUGUUCUUGUCGCUCAUCUCGACCUCGGCCGCCGGUGUGCUCACCUCCGCGGGCUCUGCUAUUCUGGCCCUGUCUUGGUUGUUCUCUGCUACUGCCCAGGAGUUCCUUCAGUCUGUUAUAUUCGUCUUUGUCAAGCACCCCUUCGAUGUGGGUGACCGUGUGACCAUCUACGGCAACGCUGGUGAUUCCGGUCUUGGUGAUGAUUACUUUGUGAAGGAGAUUACUCUUCUUUACACCGAAUUCAAGAAGAUGCAAGGCCAUGUCGUGCAGGCGCCAAACAGCUACCUCAAUGGGCUUUUUAUCCUCAAUCAGCGCCGUUCGGGCGCACUUGCCGAGGCAGUUCCAAUCAUUAUCAAGUACGGCACCAGCAUCGACCAACUCGAUUCCCUACGACAGCGCCUCUUGGAGUUUGUGCGUAGUGAGAAACGCGACUUCCAGAACAACAUCCUCACCGAAAUGCGUGCCGUCACCGAGAACUUCUCGCUCACACUCAACAUCGUCUUCUUUUACAAGUCCAACUGGCAAAACGAGGGUCUACGUCUGCAGCGUCGCAACAAGUUCAUCUGCAUGCUCAUGGUCGCUCUCCAGGAGAUUGGCAUCGAGGGCCCACGCAUGAACCUCCAGGGUGCCAAGUUCGACAUUCCCUUCCAUGUCAACCAUGGCAAUACACGCUCUGCCGAGCGGCAAGUCCCUAUCGACGCCGAGGAGGUCCCGAUCUCAGAAGUGUCUCACAACCUGCCAGAGAAUACCGGAACCAGCAGCGGCAGCGCAGCCCGUCACCCGUCGAUUCUCCGCAAGGGUAUGCACACUGCCAACGCCCGUGCCCGCGGCCCGUCCGUCUCACAGCGCAAGCACGUCGACUUCUCCUUGGGCAUGUCCAACAUGGCAUCCAACGAUAUUAUGGGAGAUGUGUUUGAAGAUCGGGGUGUAGUCGUUGAUGAUGUCGUCCGUACCGCCAACCGCGAUGCUGCAGAGCGCCGCAUCCAGGAAGAGAACGAGGACGACGAGGAGCGCCGGAGCCGCACAUCUUCUUCCCGGCAUCGUCGCCCGUCCAACAUGAGCGCUCCCUCCCAUAAUGCCGACGGUCGCCGGUCGACCGACGCUCACAGCUUCCGUAGUGGCCAGUCAUCGCUCAGUCGCAACCGGUUUUUCCAACACCGCAGCAGCGUGAGUCACGAUCGUGACGACUUGAUGGAGCAGGGCCGUUUUGAUGAGCCUGCUCCUCCCCCGCCGGCCACGGUCUCUGGUGCCAAGGAGCACCCAUAUUGA